UGACUAUUUACAUUUACCCUGUAUUCACUCUCCGUUUAUCCAUUAAUAAGCUCAUUUCUAUAAUCCCAAUACGUAUUUAUACAAGCCUUUCCAAACGGUGCCUAUUCAAUGAGUUUAUUGAUUUACCAUAAUAGCCAGGAUAAAAUGGCGACGUUCAACUAUAGGAUUUAGAAAUGAAGAAAAUUUAUAUAUUUGGCAAUAUUACUGAUUUACGAAUGAAACAUCACAUAACCAUGUCUAGAUUUACAACAACUUCAAUGAUGAAUGCAGUCCCUACAUGUAUAUUCAUGACCUUGACCUUAUUCAUAGGAAUCACUGAAGGACAGACAUAUAGCGACUGUGGAUCCCCGACCCAUGUCCCAGUAGAUACAUCGAGUGUGAAGACAGUAACCUCAUACAAUCAUCCAUCCAAUUACUUAAGUUCACAAAGCUGCACCUAUCUCAUAGUAGCCCCGGAAACUAGUUCAAUACAACUCAAUUUCACAGCUUUUCACUUGGAAGCGUCCGGUACAUGCAGCUAUGACUCUUUAACGAUAUAUGAUGGUCAAACAACUGCAUAUCCUUUACUGGGAAGGUAUUGUGGCUUAUCACUCCCAAGUGACGUCAUCAGUUCAUCCAACUAUCUAACACUAUCAUUCUCCACAGACGGUUCCGUCACAGCCUCUGGGUUCUCGGCUGACGUCAUGGCUAACCAGCCUGGAUCAGCUAGUACAAUCCGUGGAGAAUGUGGAAGUAUGCUUCCCGUAUUUGCCUUAAGUGACGCCUCGCAGAACCUGUAUUCACUCAACUACCCAGACCCCUACCCAGUGUACCAAGACUGUAGUUGGCUAGUAAUGACCGCCGAUACCUCAAAAGUGAUCAUGCUCACACUGCAAGGCAUGGACAUUGAAAGUACACUUUCGUGUAGUAAUGACGUUCUCAAAGUACAUGAUGGUGACACUAUAUACAGAUCAACACUCAAGUCUUGGUGCGGGCAGCUAAGCAAUCUGACUGCUAGUGAUAGAUCCGUUGUGACCACGGGCAACUCCGCCACAGUCAGAUUUACCACGAAUGGCUUCAACAGUGGUGCAGGAUUCAAUUUGUCGUACGUAUACACAGAUCCUCCACCCACGACAACAACUACAACUCCUGCUCCUUCAACUUUACCAGCAGGCACGUAUUCAGCCUGUACAGGUGGUUCCUAUUUUGAUGCACUAUCUGAGAACCAGACAAUCUACUCGCCUGGUUACCCGCUUCAAUAUGGAAGUGAUUUGGAAUGCAGAUACAUCUUGACUGCUGCGGAUCCUGGGUCUUAUGUUCGCGUUGCCAUAGAGUAUAUUGACUUAGAAGUAACCAGUACCUGCUCAUACGACUACUUGGCAUUCAGAUCUGGUGACGAUUUUUCUGCACCAAUGCUGCUAAAAACAUGCCAAGGAACAACAUCUGGACCAGACACUUGGCCAGCAUCUACUGGUAGAUCCAUGGCGGUAUCCUUCAUCACAGAUGGUAGUGUUACAAAUACGGGGUUCUUGUUAAAGUUUUGGCAAGUCCCGAACCCCCUUGCCGCUACAGCGAUAUCACCCUCGGGGGUUGUUACACGAUAUGCCUACGAAAAAAUCAAUGGAACACUGUAUUCGCCAAAUUGGAUAAAUGGCGUAUAUCUUACAUCAUAUGCCAAUGACAUUGACGUCUCCUGGAUUAUCACCGCCUUUGACGAAGACAACAUAGUGAAAAUUUACGCCAUUGACUUCAGUUUGCAGUCGUCUGACUUCUACGGGAGUUGUUUGACGUACGACUACGUGGAGUUCAGAGAUGGUGACCAGGCGUUCUCAACAUUGAUAGAUAGAUGGUGCGGCAGUCGAAUAGGGUACUCCCUGCAGACCACUGGAAGAUCGCUGCACAUAAGGAUGAAGACAGACUCAUACGAUGUGUACAGUGGAUUCAAGAUAAACUACUGGACUGUAUUGAAAAGCAAGCCGGAAGAAACUGACGGGUUCAAACUGAGUGGCGGUGCAAUCGCAGGGAUAGUAGUUCCCAUAGUUUUCUUGGUUAUCAUAAUCCAAGUAUGCUGUCGUUGCAUGAAAAAGAAGAAGCAGUCGGCUAACAUUACACCUACUCCUGGAAAUGCUGAUAAAAACCGCACCCCUCCGGCUCCCCCCAAGCCAACUCCUUCGAAGCAUGCACCCUCACUUCCCCCACCAUAUGGAAGUGUGAUCGUCUCGCCUAUGCGUCCCCAAGCACCCAGACCCCCACCACCUCCUGCUCCUAAUCAAUUUGGACCACCUCCUCCCAAUCAGUUUGGUCCACCACCAGGUCCUUUUCCACCCCCAGGACCAAGGUUCAUGCCUCCACCUUCAGCCCCGCAGGCUCCACCGGUUUACCCUCCUAAUGCACCCACGUAUCCACCCACUAAUACACCCAUGUAUCCACCACAGCGACCAUCUACAUAUCCCCUUAAUGGGCCAGCCAAUGAUCCUGUAUACCCUCCCCCGCCUCACGACCCACGUGUUCCACCCAGCCAACCACCGCCUUCAUACGCAAACUUUGCAAAAAGUGGUCCAUCACAAGGUAUAUACUCCAUACAGACAGAUAUGAAAGACGUACCUGAAGCGCUACCAUAUAACACAGGACAAGGAUACAAUCUCCCAUCUGCCCCAUACGGACCUCCUGGCCAAUCAGGUGUGUAUUACGACAAUGUGAACGCUGGAGGGGAGGACGAUCCUGACGCCCCACCAGCGGUUGCUUUGCCAGCUGGCGUGGGUAAACUUGACCCCAUUACAGAAGCAGAAAUUAGUAAACAUGAAAAGCGCGAGAGGAAGAAGAAACUUAAAAAGGCACAGAAUAAACUAAAUGUUAUGUCGACAUUUAGGGAUAGCAUUAGCGACAAUCACCUUAAAAUGUAAUAAAAUUAAAUGACAAUUAAAUCAUCGCCAUUGUAUAAAAAUCAUGUGAUAUUAGAUCUUGUGAUAUUGUAUCAUGAUCAUGUGAUAUUCUGACAAGUAUGCAGUAACAGGGUAUAUAUGAUAUAAAAAUAUGAAUAUUUUUUUCGAAUAUUGUGCAAUGUAAAAUCCACCAUGUAUUUUUGUAGUUUUUAUCGGGGAAUCUAUACUGCUUUGUAAACGUAAAGUGAGGUUCCUUUUUAUUAAGCCUUGUUUGUAUAUGAUUGAAAAACAAUGUCCUAGUAUAGUAUAUGUUCCAUAUGUUUGUAUAUGAUUGAAAAACAAUGUCCU